CUGCCAGAGUUCCAUUAGGUGGGGGCCUCACCAUUUGGAGACUUUUCUUCUACUUUAUGAUUAUUUAUUCCUCUAGAGUAAAUGUGAGGGAAGAAGCAGUCCGCCUAAGCUUCGCCUGAAUGCCUAUUGCAUGGAUUAAAAAACACCAAGUGGACGUGAAAGAGGGGAAGAUCCCGCCUCCUUGAAUCAGAACGCUGCCCAAGUCCUGCAUCAUUUCCAAGCUUCGACUCGCGGUGCAAACAUCUUCCCGAUUUGCCGUCUCCUGCCCCGAAGCCGGCCGGUGGCGCGCGCCUUUCCUCAGCCAUGCCCUGCGUCCAGGCUCAGUAUGGAUCAUCACCCCAAGGAGCCAGCCCCGCGUCCCAGAGCUACAGCUACCACGCCGCGGGAGAGUACAGCUGCGACUUCCUCACUCCCGAGUUCGUGAAGUUUAGCAUGGACUUGACCAACACCGAGAUCACAGCCACCACCUCCCUGCCCAGCUUCAGCACCUUCAUGGACAACUACAACGCGGGCUACGACGUCAAGCCGCCUUGCCUUUACCAGAUGCCGCACGCCGGCGGCGAGCAAUCGGCCAUCAAGGUGGAGGACGUGCCGAUGCACGGCUACCAUCACCACCACGCCCACCCGCACCAGCAGGGCCACCUGCCGCCGCAGUCCGACGACAUGAUGGCCCACGCGGGGCCCGUCUACUUCAAGCCGCCGCCACCGCCGUCGUCGUCGCCGCACGCCCCCAACACGCCCAACUUCCAGGUGCAGCCAAGCGCCAUGUGGGAGGACCCCAGCACCUCCUUGCACCCCUUCCACCACAACUACAUGAUGGAGCAGCGAAAGAACCCCGUGUCGCGGCUCUCGCUCUUUUCCUUCAAGCAGUCCCCGCCUGGCACGCCCGUGUCCAGCUGUCAGAUGAGGUUCGACGGCCCGCUGCACGUAUCCAUGGGCCACGACGGUCCGGCUUCGGCGGCUGCGGCUGCCGCUGCUGCGGCGGCGGCUGCAGCCGCGGUGCAUCACCGGGGCCUGGACGCGCAGAGUUUCGCGGUGCCCGGAGCCCUCCGCAAGCAGGCCGCCGGCGGGCUGGCCUUCCCGCACUCGCUGCAGCUGGGCCACGCGCACCAGCUGGUGGACAGCCAGGUGCCGUCGCCGCCCUCCCGGGGAUCGCCGUCAAACGAGGGGUUAUGCGCGGUGUGCGGGGACAACGCCGCCUGCCAACAUUAUGGGGUUCGAACCUGCGAAGGAUGCAAGGGCUUUUUCAAGCGCACCGUCCAGAAAAAUGCCAAAUAUGUGUGCUUAGCCAAUAAGAACUGUCCAGUUGAUAAACGCCGAAGAAAUCGUUGCCAGUUCUGCCGUUUCCAGAAGUGCCUUGUGGUCGGAAUGGUGAGGGAAGUGGUGAGGACUGAUAAUCUGAAAGGUCGACGAGGACGCCUGCCCUCCAAACCCAAAAGCCCCCAGGACCCCUCACCCCCGUCGCCGCCGGUCAGCCUCAUAAGCGCUCUGGUCAGGGCCCACGUGGACUCCAACCCUUCCAUGUCUGCAUUGGACUACUCCAGAUUCCAGGCGAGCCCUGACUACCAAAUGGCUGGAGACAACACGCAGCACAUCCAGCAGUUCUACGACCUGCUCACCGGAUCCAUGGAGAUCAUCCGCGGCUGGGCCGAGAAGAUCCCGGGUUUCUGCGAUCUGCCCAAGCCGGACCAAGACCUGCUGUUCGAGUCGGCCUUCCUGGAGCUCUUCGUCCUCAGGCUCGCUUACAGGUCCAACCCGGUGGAGGGCAAAUUAAUCUUUUGCAACGGGGUGGUGCUGCACAGGCUGCAGUGCGUGCGGGGCUUCGGCGAAUGGGUGGACGCAAUCGUGGAGUUCUCGUCCAACUUGCAAGGCAUGAACGUGGACAUUUCAGCGUUCUCCUGCAUCGCUGCGCUUGCCAUGGUUACAGAGCGACACGGGCUGAGGGAGCCCAAACGCGUGGAGGAGCUGCAGAACAAAAUCGUCAACUGCCUGAAGGACCAAGUGACGUUCACAGGCGGCGGCCUGAACCGACCAAACUACUUGUCCAAGUUGUUGGGCAAGCUGCCCGAGUUGCGCACGCUGUGCACGCAAGGCCUCCAGCGCAUAUUUUACCUCAAACUCGAAGACCUCGUGCCUCCGCCAGCCAUCAUCGACAAACUCUUCCUCGACACGUUGCCUUUCUAAAAGGAGGCCCGGGCAUCCAUCCACACAUAUGACUUCAACGCAUACUACCCCCCUAAAAAAAACCUCAACAACCCCAAACUGCACCUUUGUUGUUAUUCUUUUUUUUUUUUUUUUUUUGGACAUGUGAAAAAUCCCUUUUCCUCUGAGGACUUCCCUUAAAUUGCUGACAAAUUUAAUUCAUUAUUUGGAUUUUUCUUUAUUUUUUUUCUACAACGCAUGGCAGACUGAUCUAACGCAAAAAUUCCAACAAACGUCAUUGUCAACAGAGGGUGGAUUAAAAAAAAACAAAAAAACUUCCAUCAUGUCCUUAGCACCCCCAGAUGUAAUAUAUAAUCCAUUUAUAUAUAUAUAAUAUAUAAAUAUGUAUAUGCGGACACACGCGCGGACACUGUAUAUUAUUCUAAUAGAUGACGCAUCAGUUUAUAAUAUGUACAAAGUUUGUAAUAAUGAAAAUGUUGUUUUUUGUUUUUCUUCCAAAUCGUGCCUCCCCCAAACAUUUUCCCAAAAAACGACGCAUGUUAUUAUGAUUAUUUAUUUUUGUUGCUCCUUUAUAGGCACAUGCAAAGGCGAUGUCUAUGUAUACCGGACACUAUGUAGUCUGCUAGAUUUGAUACCAAUAUAGUUGGCACUAAAACUAAUAUAAAAAUACAUACAGUAAUAUAUAUAUGAUCUCCUGUGUAUAGACGAGCAGGGAGGGAGCCAUUGUGUUUGUACAACUGUCACAUUCCUCGUUUGUAUGUGUGCUGUAAGUAUUGUUGCUGUUCAAUAUAAACCUUUCUCUAUAUGCUAAGAGCAUUUCUAUUGGCCCGUCGACGAGCACUUGCACUGAGCAUGGCUGCACACUGGGGGAAAAAAAUAGGUUUUGUCCACGUUUUAAAUGUUGAAUUGGAUUUU